CUUCGAGUGGUGACUGCAGACUGCCUGGGGUGUCGUGACCCCAUCACUUGAGCCGCCUCCCUUUCCGCGAGGCCCCGAGGCCCCAGCAUGGACGACACGGACAGGGACAACAGGACUUCCCUGGUGCGGGGGGCCAAGGACCUGGCCAAGGAGGCCAAGCGGCAUGCCACCAAGAAGGUGGGCAAGGCGGUGGACCGCGCCACGGACGAGUACGCCCUGCGCUCGUACAGCCGCUUCCAGGACGAGGAGGACGACGACGCCGGCGGCGGAGACUACUACAACCAGGGCAACUACACGGGGCAGCCGGCCAACGACGAGGAGGGCUCCAGCGACGCCACCGAGGGCCACGACGACGAGGACGAGAUCUACGAGGGCGAGUACCAGGGCAUCCCCAAGGACGCGCCGGCGCAGCGCGACGGCCAGGUGGCGCUCGGCCGGCCGGUGUCCGACGGCAUGAAGGACCGGCGCGAGCUGGAGACGGAGCGGCAGGCCGACGAGGAGGAGCUGGCGCAGCAGUACGAGCUCAUCAUCCAGGAGUGCGGCCACGGGCGCUUCCAGUGGCAGCUCUUCUUCACGCUGGGCCUGGCGCUCAUGUCCGACGGCGUGGAGGUGUUCGUCGUGGGCUUCGUGCUGCCCAGCGCAGAGACCGACAUGUGCGUCCCCGACUCCAAGACCGGCUGGCUAGGCAGCAUCGUGUACCUGGGCAUGAUGGUGGGGGCGUUCUUCUGGGGGGGCAUGUCGGACAAGGUGGGCCGGCGGCAGUGCCUGCUCAUCUGCAUGUCCAUCAACGGCUUCUUCGCCUUCCUGUCGUCCUUCGUCCAGGGCUACGGCUUCUUCCUGUUCUGCCGCAUGAUCGCCGGCUUCGGGAUUGGUGGGGCGGUGCCCAUCGUCUUCUCCUACUUUGCGGAGGUGCUGGCGCGAGAAAAGCGCGGCGAGCACCUCAGCUGGCUGUGCAUGUUCUGGAUGAUCGGCGAGAUCUACGCCUCAGCCAUGGCCUGGGCCAUCAUCCCACACUACGGCUGGAGCUUCAGCAUGGGCUCGGCCUACCAGUUCCACAGCUGGAGGGUGUUCGUGGUCGUGUGUGCUCUGCCCUGCGUCUGUGCCGUGGUGGCCCUCACCUUCAUGCCCGAGAGCCCUCGCUUCUACCUCGAGGUGGGGAAGCACGACGAGGCCUGGAUGAUCCUUAAACAGAUCCACGACACCAAUAUGCGAGCGCGUGGACAACCCGAGAAAGUCUUCACUGUUAAUAGGAUCAAAAUCCCUAAACAGUUAGAUGAGUUUGUGGAGAUGGAGUCUGAAUCAGCAAAUGCUGUAUCUAAAGCCAUCUUCAGAAUGAAGACUGAACUUUAUGGGAUCUGGGUGAACUUCCAGAAGUGUUUCAACUAUCCAGUGAAGGACAACACAGUGAAACUGGCCAUUGUCUGGUUUACUCUGUCUUUUGGGUACUACGGUUUGUCUGUCUGGUUCCCUGAUGUCAUCAAGCAUCUGCAGGCAGACGAUUAUGCAUCCAAAGUGAAGAUCCACACCAACGAGCACAUCGAGGAUUUCACCUUCAACUUCACUCUGGAGAACCAGAUUCACUCCAACGGCUUAUUUGUUCGUGACAGUUUUGUGAAUAUGAAAAUGAGGUCUGUCACGUUCAUUGACUCCACGUUUCGUGAGUGCCACUUUGAGGACAUCUCUUCUGUGGGCUCCUUCUUCCGAAACUGUACCUUCAUUGGAACUUUCUUCUACAAUACAGACAUUGAUGACUCCAAGCUCAUCGGGGGAACGGAGGUUAUCAACAGCACAUUCAUUCACAACAAGACAGGCUGUCAAAUGACAUUUGACGAUGACUACAGCGCCUACUGGGUUUACUUUGUCAACUUCCUGGGCACCCUUGCUGUGUUGCCAGGCAACAUAGUAUCUGCUCUUCUCAUGGAUAAAAUAGGCCGCUUGUCUAUGUUAGGUUUCUCCAUGGUCCUGUCUGGGAUCAGCUGCUUCUUCCUGUGGUUCGGCACCAGUGAGUCCAUGAUGAUUGGCAUGCUCUGCCUCUACAACGGCUUGAGCAUAUCUGCCUGGAACUCCCUGGAUGUGGUCACCGUCGAGCUCUACCCCACAGACAGGAGAUGCACUGGCUUUGGUUUCUGUAACGCCCUGUGCAAGCUGGCGGCGGUGAUGGGGAACCUGAUCUUCGGCUCUCUGGUGGGCAUCACCAAGGCCAUCCCCAUCCUGCUGGCGUCCUCCGUGCUGGUAGGCGGAGGGCUGGUGGGCCUUCGGCUGCCCGACACGAGGAGCAACGUGCUCAUGUAACCCCCCCCCCCUCCUCCUCCUCUCCCCCCCCCCCAAGUCCUUAAAAAACGAAACACCACACCGGGAGACGUGUGGCACCGGGCAAAAGGCUUAACCCAGCUAACGUAUGCAGACUACCCACAUCCACUGUAUGUCAUACCUCACAACUUGCUCUGUUGUUGAAAUCGGUCAGAUACAUUUGGUCAGAUCUCCCUGAUGUUUAUAUUGAAGGGAAGUCAUUAUUAAGUGUACAUUCAUGAGAGUUUUACAUGAUACUCAAUAGUAAUGUGUACCCACCAGGGCAGC